CGCUGAACUUUAGUGGGACUGGAAUCAUUAUCUUUUAAAACAUCACACAAGCAAAAGUGACUUCUGGUCUAGGUGAUGAGAUCGGAUGCGGGGAGGGUUUGUGAUGAGGGGGCAUACAGCAGCGAUGGGCGACGGGUUUCAAAAAUGUCGGCCUCUUCCUCGCCUAGCACGUCAUGCUGAAGAUUCAACGCAUUGAUAAGAGCCGUCCUAGAAUGGAGGAGCUUAGGCCUGCAUGAGCGGUCCAGUCACGUCUCCUGAACAGCUUCGAUCAUGAUAAACGAAUCCAAAGAUGAAACCACAACCACCGGCAACAGCACGCUACCCAACGGGGUUACUGGAGUUCAAACAAAAACCCUGAGUCUGCUGCAGGGGUUACCCUUGUGUCAGGACGCUUGGGCUCCCAAAAGCCCCUGGGACAGACACGGUGCCCACACUGCUCUAUGGGGCAGACCUGUCGGGAGCUUUUUGGUGGUGGAAGGGUCUUCGCCUGAUGAACAGCUCCUGUGCAUAUCCGUAGGGAGGGAGGGCGAGCCGGUCAAAGACUUUCCCCUCGUGACCACAGGCAAAGCUCUUCAGCUGACAACAUCUCAUCUGGCAUUCCCUGAUGUCUUUCAACUGCUGCACUUCUACACACUGAGCAGGGAUGUGUUACCUGUGUGUUUAUUGGUUCCAUCAUGGGUUUACACCCUUAACAGUCUUUCGGAUUGUCUUGCCUCCUCACUUGGUCCAAAAGCUUGGCUAUGUUCAUCCUCAUGUCCAGAAACUAUUAAUAUGACUCCAGGAACACCGCAAACAGAAAUGCCAGAAACUGUCAUGUGCACUAUACAGCUUACAGCAGCCAAUGGAGCUCUGUGCUUCAUCAAUCCCCUGUACCUCCAUGAGCAUGGCGAUGAUUGGCUGACUCGUUCUUCAGCCAGCCCACAUCUUGCCAACAGUCCAGUCAGCUCAAAGCGAGAGAGGAGGUUAAGCAAAACAAGAGCAUGGGAAGGACGGGGACUAAAACAAAGGCCGACCUCUCUCACCAGUGAGAACUCGGGCAGCUUUGAUCAGGAUAGAGGAUCACUUGAGAAGAUUCCAGUCUCUCCAGCUACGCCCAGUGGAGUUGUGCUUCGAAGGGGAAGUAGUGCCACCAAGCAAGAUCCACUCAAGAGAGGAAGUACAGACUCCAUCCACAGUCCACAUCCUCAGUCACCGCACCGCGUGUCAUGGGUAGAGGACAAGAUAUGGCUGAACACAUCACCUUCUUCUUCUCUGCUUCACCUGCCCUUAGAGCUGGACUCACUGUCGGUCAGUAGUAUUGAGGAGGAGUUCGAACCCGUUUCAUGCCCCUCCCCAUCCCAACAGUCGCCCCGCCUCCCUUUGGCAGAUAAGGUGAAGAACCGCCUCUCGGCAGUGGGUCAAGCUCUGGGUGGACUUGUGUCGCCACAGCGGCGACUGACCAAACGGGUGCAGGAGAUGGCGGAGCGGAAGGAUGGGCCUUUUGCAGAGGCUGUCAAGGCAUUUGUAGAGCAGACUCUUGCAGCCGGAAGCGCUCCUGGUGUGACGUGCACCCAGAUGCUGCAGGAAGUGCGUUCCUCUCUCACAGCCCUGAGGGAAUCACUGUUUGAUUAUCCAGAGAUCCAAAGCAUCACAGACGGACUCGGCGAUAUGCCUGAUUUUGAACUGGAUGCUAUACUGGAGCUUGCCCUCCAUAAGGCAGCGUUGAAGCCAGUCUACACUCAUCUUUACGUUUGCCUGAAGACGACACGCAGGGACGACGAAACACUGCAACGUUUGGAGACGAACAAGAGCACACUGGAGAACCGCAGUCUGGAGGAGCUGGAGGGGGCGGCAGGGGCUGGCGUUCCUGAGACCAUCAUGAUGGAAAAAAUCCUGCACCGCUGGACCACAAUGCAUGAGGCCUACUCACCCAGUAAAAAAGUUCUCAUUCUGCUUAAAGUCUGCAAGAUUAUCUACCAUAGCAUGAAUGCUAAUGCUAAACCCGGUGUGGUUUUUGGGGCAGAUGACUUCCUGCCAUGUCUGACGUGGGUGUUGCUACGUAGUGAUGUUACCACACUGCAGGUUGACACUGACUAUAUGAUGGAGCUACUGGACCCCACACAGCUGCAAGGAGAGGGUGGUUACUACCUUACGUCUCUAUACGCCGCCCUGUUUUAUAUCAGCAGCUUUCGGCCACGUCUGGCUAAGCGGCAGCUCAGUGCGGAAGCACACAAAUCUCUCACCCAAUGGCACCGCAGACGCACUCUUCACUGCAACCAAUCACGACGCAGCAGAAACCGUAGGACCAUACGCAGACACGGGCCUACAGAGGGAGUCCCUUUCCCAUCGGAGGACCAUACGAACACACAUUCCUUCAACCCAACAGACACCACCUCAAUAAACUCUAUUGUCCAAGAGACGCUCCAGUGUCUGGAUGAAGAACUAGAGGUGGUAGAGGAAGAAGAGGACUCUUUAAAUGGACAACAAACACAGUUACAAGAGACAUUGAAUGCCGAGGAUAAAGAGAGAGGUGCUGGUGUAAACUGGAAAGAAGAUUAGUGAAAAUAUCUCAAUCCUAAGAGAAUAAAGAAGAGUCAUAUACAGGUUUUGAACCACAUUAGGGUGUAUAAACAUUUGCAGAAACUACCCAUUUGAUUUUAUAAACCUAUUUCACUCUUUGGCCACUAGGGGGCACUGUUGUACUUGUGUUUAUUCCCCCAAAGAUACAGAAAGGUUUAUUUGUUUAACCGUACCAAAAUAGUUCUGAUGGUGUUGACUUGUAAACGUUUAUUUUGUUCAUAAUAUUGUUAUUAUUAUUUAUGUUUAAUGAAUUAUUUAAAUGCUAAACUUGCUUGUUUAUUGUACACUAGACGGCAACUGGUAUUAAUUUUCAUCAACCAACAACACACAUUAUUCAGAGUCAAGACAUGAUAUAUCAUAAAAAGUAUUUCUUUCUAUUUCUUUAUAAAUCCAGUCCUUACAGCUUUCCAGAAAAGUAAAUAGGGCACAUUAACAUGCAUAAACACAUAAAUGUUAUGAAAUGCAAACGAUGGUUUGUACAGAGUCAUCCAUCUAUACACAGCCUGCAGGAACCAGGUAACAAGCUCCAUCAUGUAUUAAAAAGCUUGCAUUCAGCAUGUUUUGACACACAACAAUUUUUUAUGUUGAAAGAUAUAUUACAUCUCUCCUCUGCAGCAAGAACCAAGCCCAUAAAUCCUGUUUAGGAAGCAAAGCUACACAUGCAACAAUGGCACACAUUCUGCGGUCAAACCUGCAUGAUUCGACACUUUUCCAUCAUGCUUUGACGCAUAAUUCAACCAGGACAAAGCAUGCAUUUGAUAAACAGGCUUUUGAUAAAGUCGCUGAAUACAGAGAUGGUUAAAGCCCGAGGCGUCUUUUUCGAACCCACACAUGCUUGAUCACAUCUGAUCUCUGAGAUGAUUUGAUUGACAGUUCUGUAAGGACUGGAAGCUUGGAGAAAGUUGCUUUUGAUGGAGAUUAAAAGGGAAGAGCCAAUGGCAUAAUGCUCCCCAGCACUUUCAGAGCAAUUAUUCAGGACAUUAAUCUAAUGGAUGGAUCAUUAACAACCUGCCUGGAUUUGUAUGUUUGUACUUUACCACACAAACAUUCACACUUUGCAUCCAAAAUAUUUUUCUCCAGUUUUAUAUUUCUCUAAUUUCAACAUCUUGUGAAAAUGCUUCAUGAUGGGUGUAAAUUGAGAUCUGAUUCAUUUGUACAUUUAAAUUUGUGCAUCUGGCAGAUGAUUUUAUCCAAAGUGAUGUGAACUGUAUGGUUUUACAGUAACCAUAACAUCUUGAGCAUGUAAUUGCACAAGCUGGGGCAAGUUCGAUUUGGCUGACACUUUACAAUUCAUUAUUAUUAGUUAAUGUUUAGCUAGUAUCUAACAAUAAGAGCAACACACACACACACACACACAUAUAUAUAUAUACAUAUAUGUUGCUCUUAUAUAUUAUAUUUAUAUAAACUCAGUUUUAAAAAAAUCACAAAUCAUGUUGUUUUAUUGUGCAUUCCAAUCAAUAUUUAUCAAACUGCAGUUGGUUUGUUUUGAUUUAAGCAAUAAUAACUAACAAAAUACAGCUGACUUACACAAUAAAGACAU